CCGACGCGGGUGGAGUCAAAAGAGUCACGUCCACUGCGGACAGGUUGAAUGUGGUCUUUGCCGUGAUUCACAAAGAAAGGAAGAAGGCAGGCGAGCAGAGUGGACUGGAUGGUCCUAGUGGGUGACAUGCAGGACCGCGUGACCAUUCUUGUGGAUGACAUGGCUGACACAUGUGGCACAAUCUGCCACGCAGCAGAUAAGCUGCUCACGGCCGGAGCCUCCAAAGUUUGUGCUGUCCUUACCCAUGGGAUCUUCUCUGGACCGGCUAUUUCUAGAAUCAACAAUGCCUCCUUUGCGGCUGUUGUCACAAACACAGUUCCUCAAGACGACAAAAUGACUCACUGCUCCAAGAUCCAGGUUAUUGACAUUUCAAUGAUCUUGUCUGAGGCAAUCCGCAGGACUCACAAUGGUGAAUCCGUGUCUUACCUGUUCAGCCACAACCUGCUGUAAGUCCAGGGUGGAAGACUGGGGCAAGCCUGCUGACUUCUGGCUCCUGUGUUUUUAUCUGAUGUUUUAGCUUUAGGACUCAUCAGU